AUGUGGAUUUUGUACUCGAGUUCCAAAUGUAUUUAUUGGCACGGUUGUAUUCUUCAAUCAGUUCUUCAUGACAUUCUAUAUUCGAAUAAUUGUAUAUGGAUGGCGAUCUGUUCAACGGGUGUAAAUCUUUAUAUUCUAAUAAUCAUAACAUGUUAUAUGCUAUUUAUAUUACCUGAGAAACAAUUCAAUAAUUCAUAUCUAACAGAAAAACAAUAUUUAUUAGAAUUUAUUAAUAAUAAACCUGUUCGUAAUAAAUCUAUUCCAAUUAGAUUAAAUAUAAUGAAUAAUAGAAAACGUUCUAUAAAAACAAUAAAUGAUUACAUGAAUAUAAGUAAUAAACAAUUAUUUACAACAAAGUCGAAUGAUUACAUAAUUGAAAAUAAUCAUUUCUAUAAUAAACAAAUAGAAAAACAAAAACAUUCUAAUCCAUAUAUUAGUACAUAUAAAUCUAAUUUAUCAUUACAAACAAAAUCAUUAUCAAAUAUAUUUACAAAUCAUUUAAAACAAUCUCAUAAUUCACAGUCUAUCAUAACAAAAAAAUUAUCAUCUUCAUUAUUAUCUAAUAAAAAUGAUAUAAAUGAACCAUAUUUUGAUCCAAAUCAAUCUGUAUAUAUCACUUCAAUUAUGAAUAAUACAGCUAGAAUCCCUUGUAAAGUAAAGAAUAUUGAUUUUUCUUCAACUGUUAUGUCAUGGUGGAAAGAGGAUUUGCCGACACCACUAACAGUAGGUAAUGAAAUAUCACUUCCUCGUUAUGAAAUUGAUCGUACCGAUCCUGGAUCUUGGACACUGAUGAUCUUUCAUGUUACUGAAACUGAUAGUGGAACAUAUAUUUGUCAAAUUAAUCUAGCCACCAUAAAAGAGAAAUUUUUCUACCUCAAAGUUAUUGCUCAGAAGAAUGAACCGGAUAUGACAAAAUUAAAUGAUGAAUAUGUCAAAGAUGAAAUAGUACAAAAUACAUUAUGGAGAGCAUCAAGUAAACAAAAAAGUGUUCAUAUCUUUAAUAAUCCUGGUCAAAACCAUCAUUUAACAUGUCUUGUUCAAUUUCAUCAUCCAACUACAACAUCAUCUAUUCAUUGGUAUUAUAAUGGAUAUAGAAUAUAUCCGAAAUUAGAAAACAAUUAUUUAAAAUUAAAAGAAUUAUACGUGGAUAUACAAACCAAAUGGAUUAAUCGAACAACACAAAUGAGCAUUUGGACUUGUCGUAAAGUUCCUGGAACUAACUUAGAAUCAUUAGAAGAGAGUUCAUUGGAUUUACAGAAAACAAACAUUAAAAUUGAACCAAAAGAACUGUAUGAUACAUUCAAUGAUAAUACUGGCAAAUCUUUAGAGACAAGAUUAUUACCUUUGCAUAUUUAUAUUUAUUUCAUGUAUUUUUACAUUUUCUAUACCAUAUUAUAUUAUGCUUAUGUAUAG